AUGUGCCAAGGGGGUGAUUUCACCAAUCACAAUGGAAUCGGAGGAAAGUCCAUAUAUGGGAAGAAAUUCAAUGAUGAGAACUUUGUCCUGAAACACACAAAACCAGGCUUAUUAUCGAUGGCAAACUCUGGACCUGGCACCAAUGGAUCUCAGUUCUUUUUGACGACGGAAAAAACGGAAUGGUUAGAUGGAAAACAUGUAGUUUUUGGUGAGGUAAUUGAAGGAAUGAGUGUAGUGAAGGCAAUUGAGAAGGUGGGAACUCCAUCAGGUAAACCUACUACCAAGGUGAUCAUCAGUAACUGUGGGGAACUGGUAUGA